UAAACGCAAUCCGUUUCCCGUGAAUGAGCAUGGCUUAUCAUCAUCUCACUUGUACAACCGUGGCCGGGAUUCGCUUCAACGCUUUCAUCGCUCCAAACCACGACAUGAGUUACUUCUUGAGUGGCUGGAGUGCACUUCUUGUACUAUUUACUACUGCUCCUUGUGGUGGUGGUGGUUGGGGGUGUUCUGGACAGGAUCGUCAUGGUCAUGGUGGUGACGAAGCAGAGGUUGUUCCAGUUCCUCCUCGCCCUCAUUCUCGUCACCCUCGUGGUCAAUGGGUACACAUUCUUCCUCUUCUUGACGGGCUACUCCUCCGGGAGCGACUUUGAUCCCAUGUCGUGGGCCAGUCAGGGUAACAAACUAGUCGUCGAAAAUAGCUCCGUCCCAUCAAUACGCUUUAAGAUUUGUGAUAAUACGGAUCGUCUCGUGAUACUCGUGGGGAGCAAGACAAAUUCAAACCUGGUUCAAAUUGUGCAACGCAUCAGGUUUAAAUAUUUGGAGCUGGGGAGGCUGGGGGCGGGCCGGAAGGUUGACCUGGAGGCGCCACCACCACCCUCGGUCACCAGGUUGCAGAGACUUAUUCAACCAUCCAAACAGCUCACGGGGGGCAAAAGGACGCUCUUCAGCAGAGUUUGGGAAUCGAUUCGAGAGUGGCCAUUCAGCGACUCCCUCCGCCUCGUGUCGAUUGGGCAAGUGCUCUCCGCCGGACAGACAGCAAGCAUUCGAAAUGCCACAAAUGCAGUGCGUGGAACCCAACUGAAGGUGGAGGUGACGCUGGAAGGUGGUCAAGUCGCCUUGUGGAAACCCCAAGCCUACCCUCGCAACGUGGUCUUGGAAGGAAAUGCUUACGGGGGUAAGGAUCGUCACUACGGGGAAAUUGCGGCAUUUUACCUAAAUCUGCUUCUCGGCUACAACAAUGCCCCCAUCACCACUGGGAGGAGAAUCAACUUCCAAACUGAGCUUUGGCCAGUCGCGUCGCCAACUUUGAAGGACACGUUCUUCAAAGACUCGAACGGGUCACUCUGCUUUUACGGCGUGUGCCACUUUUGCUCCAAAACCGACCCCGUUUGUGAAGGGGAUCCUCCCGUCGAUGUGGAAGGGGCACUGGUUCUGUGGAUGCAGAGGAAAUUUCAAACCGUACCCAAUCCUUGGAGAAGGACUUACCAAGCUACAAUUUUAGCCCCGUGGGAAAGCAGCAUGGAUUUUUGCAGUCAACUUAUGCGCGAUAUUCCACGUCUCAACAGAGCUCAGACGCUCUUGGACAUUGUUGGAGUUGCCGUGUUUGACUUUCUCAUUGGAAAUGGAGACCGGCACCAUUUUGAAAUGUAUCUCAAAACGGAGCCGGAUUCGUCGUCACACUCGAAUAAAAUCAUUCUCUUUGACAAUGGGAAAAGUUUUGGGAACCCGUUCGAAGACUACGUCGACAUCCUCGCUCCGCUCUUCCAGUGCUGCAAGAUUCGCAAAUCGCUGCAUCUGACGUUGAAACGCUUUGAGGGGAAGGUGGGGUUCUGGUUGGACAACUUGACCCGCGGUGACCCCUUGUACCCACUGCUCACUGAGGAAAACUUGUCCGCUCUCGACAGAAGACUGAGAAUCGUGCUGGCCACGGUCAAUCAUUGCAAAGACACCGUGCAGCAGCACAACGUUAAACAUAAUCCGAGUCAACACAAGAAACUUUUUUACUAAUUCGGAGACAAUAAAUAUUUAACAUGCACUACGAAUGUAACGCUUAUUUGUACAUUCAUAUACUGUCUUAAUUAAUAUGCGCAAAUACCAAGUUCAAGCCACACAUUGAUCAAAUUCGGUUUUAUUUGUAAAUAAAUGCUGGACGGUUGUCGCUAAUAAAAUCA